AUCUCAGGGGCUUGGCUCGAAAGUGUUCAGGUAUCAUCGAGAAAGGAUCGAGAGUCAUGGAGUUAUCUCUUUCAGUGCACAGCAAAAGCAUCCGAAAUCGGAAUCGCAAUAAUCGCAAACCCCACAUAGAUGCGGAUGUCAGGGAGAUGGUAAGACGAAACUUUACCAACGAAUAUGAGUUCUACUACUUCUGCAAGCAGCGUUUGUAUAAGCAAUAUUUGGCCCUUCAAUUCGAGAAUAAUCUUCACUAAAUGGUCUUUACUACAAAAAACCAAAUAAAGAAAGUGAACAUAGUUAA